AGGGUUGUUGGCCGGUAAGCCAGAUCCUUUAAAGGAAAGAGGGGAGGGGCUGGAGAGAAGGGAAGAGAAACAUAGGAGAUAAGGCAGGGGUGAAGUUUCACACUGGCCAAAUUGCUUAAUCCCUCCUUCCCCCUCUUACUGCCAGAGUCUUGGGGACAACCAGGUUCCCUCUGCUUCACUCACCUUUCUUUUCCUCACCAUGGUCAGAGAAAGAAGCUCACACUGGAAUCAGAAAUGUAGGUGUCUCCUGCUGGGACUCACAGUCAUCCUAAUCCUUGGGGCUGUUGUGGUCUUUGCUGCUGUGAUCUUGGCCGGCAGGAGGGACCCACCAGCUGAGCUUCCACAGUGGAAGGGAAGAGGAUCCACAGCCAAUUUGGAAGAAAUCAUUCUGGGGAGAUGCUUCAUUUAUACCAGGAUAGUAAAUCCAGAGCUGAGAAAAGAUUGUCUAAAAAUAUGGGAAACUUUUAAAAAUGCAUUCGUUUCCAAGAACCCGUGCAACAUUACAGAACAAGAUUAUCAGCCACUGAUGGAGCUGGCUGCUCAUCCUAUACAAUGUAAUAAGACUCUCCUUUGGAGCAAAACCAAUGAGCUGGCUCAUAAGUACACCAAAGUCCAAGGCAAUUUACUUACCCUGGAGGACACGCUGCUGGGCUACAUGGCUGAUGGACUCACAUGGUGUGGAAGCCCUUCGAGUUCAGAAACGAACUAUCAAUCUUGCCCACACUGGCGUGAAUGUGCCAACAACCCCGUCUCCAUAUAUUGGAAAAUGGCAUCCAAAACUUUUGCAGAAGCAGUCUGUGGUGUUGUCCAUGUGAUGCUCAAUGGAUCAAUCAACCAUGCCUUUGGGAACAGCAGCAUUUUCGGAAGUGUGGAGGUUCACCAUUUGAAUCCAAAGAAAGUUCAUUUGAUGAAGAUUUGGGUGAUGCACAACAUUGGGGAACAGCCAAGUGACUCAUGCUCAGGGUCUUCCAUCAAGGAGCUGAAAUCUAUUAUAGAAGGCAAGAACAUUACAUUCUCCUGUGAGGAUGACCACAGGGCUGUUCAACUCAUUCAGUGUGUAGGACAACCUGAGGAACCAGCCUGCAGAGUCUGUAGAACUGAAUUUUGAGGUGUCUUUAUUUUUUUUUUUUUUGCAGUAUUAAUCUGCAUUUAUCUAAGACAGUACAGAGAAGGCACACAUGUUAAGGAGAAAAUCUCUCAAAACUCGGACAACAUUUCAAAAGCGAGCUGGUUUAAUUUCAAAACAUGGGCACUCUUAAGUCUCAUAAAAAUUUUAUAAAAAUAAUUUACAACAAUUAUGUUCUACUUAGGUGUUCUAAUAUUUAGCAAUAAGUAGUUAUUGAAUCAAGUUAGAAAUAUGAUAUUCGUUGUAAAUGAGUUUUUAAUUAGUAUUUCUCUGUGAUGGAACACUAAAGUGUCAUGUGUACAUUUGUACCCUCUUUCUACUAAAAAAAAAAUCCCAAAAAUCCCAAGGAACAUUGAUUUACAUCCUAAUAAGGGCCUAAGAUCUGGUCUUUCCAGAAAACAUGAUGCUUCUAUUUCUAUAUGCCUGACUGCAUUUAUCCUGGUAGUAUUUCCACGUCUUCAAAUUGAACAUUGCACCAUUAUUGGGAAAAAUGUCUCCAUUUAGAUUUCAGGUCCUAUUCUCAAGGGUGAAUGAAUAUCAUGUUGAACUUUCCUAAAACAGAGUGUUUUGUUUCCUCUGGGAGGAGGCGUGGAUUAGUUAAUUAAAAUCAUCUUGUUUCUCUUUUCAUUCUGGGGACCUUUCCAACACCUAUGAAAGUUUGAACAGGUCCACAAAAUGUUCACCAGCUCUUUUUGUACUUCCUAAUGGUACAAUGAUAAUGUGUGAGAUGGAAGGGAUCUGACAACUUCAACAUAGACAUGGGGAUGGGGUAGGCUCCCAGAUUGUGCAGUGGAUUGAACACUGGGCCUAGAGCAAGACCGGAAUUCAAAUUUGACCUCAGAUGCUAGCUGUAUGACCUUGGACAAGUCACUUAACCUUUGUUUGCCUUGAAGUCAUCUAGGUAGCUCAGUGGAUAGAGUGCUGGGCCUGGAGUCAGGAAGGCUUGAGUUCAAAUAUGACCUCAGAUACUUACUAGCUGUGUGACCCUGGGCAAGUCAUUUAACCCCUGUUUGCCUCCAUUUUUCUCUUCUGUAAAGUGGGGAGAAUGAUUGCACUUAGCUGAUAUGGCUCUUGGAGAGAUGAAAUGAGAUAAAAUGUAAAGUGUUUUGUAAACUAUACAGAGCUAAUGCAAAUGUACAUUAUUAUUAUGAGCAUUAUUGAUAUCUGUAAGUAUAGAUCAUAUCUUCAACUGACCCAUAGUAUACUUUUUUUAAAGCCAAGCUUGAUUUUUCUCAUGCUAGGCUUGUUACGGAGGAUUUGGACAUCUGUCAUCCAGUGUUUCUUCCCCAUUUCCAUUAGCUGCUUUACUACUCACAUGCCGGACAAAUGAUCUGGCCUCUGCUCGCAGACCCCCAGUGAAAGGGGUUGUGCCAUCUCCUUGGGAAGCCUGUUCCGCUCUUGCAUAGCUGUCAUUGUUAGGAAGUUUUUCCUGGCAUGGACCCUAAAUGUGCCUCCUGGCAGCUUCCACCCACUGCUGCUCACUCUGCCCUCUGGGGCCCCACCAAACAAGUCUAAUCCCUUUGACAGUUUCUGGGCAUCCUAACUUGCAUACGUAAGCAAUUGUUCCUAGAACCAACCUUCUCGCAUGAAAAUCCCAGUCCCAGAAUGCCCUCUUCUAGUUCACCACCAAGCCUUCUCUUUUCUCGGUUAAAGACUUUUUGAAAUUUUGCUUCCUCCAGUGAAAUGGUCCUCCAAAUAUGUUAACUUCUUUAAGUCAGUGCUUUCUACAGCAGAGGAAGCUUUUACAUUUAUUCUUCUGCUAAAUUCUUUAGCAAUCUGUAAGCCAUGUGAAAGUGGGACAUUCUGAUCUUAGUAAUUAGGAAUGGAAAAGCUAGGUGGCACAGCCAAUAGAGCACUGGGUCUGGAAUCAGAAAGAUCGGAGUUCCAAUCUGGCCUCGGACACUUUCUGGCUGUAUGACUUUGGGCAAGUCACUUAACGCUGUUUGCCUCAGUUUCCUCAUCUGUAAAAUGAGCUGGAGAAGGAAAUGGCAAAGCACUACAGGAUCUUUGCCAAGAAAACCCCAUGGACAGUUGAUCCACCGGGUCAUGAAGAGUUGGGCACCACUGAAUAACAACUAUUUACCAGGUACUGUUAAGUACUGGGGAUAGAAAUACAGCUGCUCCCUUCAAAGAGCUUAUUUUUAAUUUGGGAGAGACAACAUAUCCAGGAAGGAGUGUUUUGGUGGGGCUGAUUUCGCCACAGGCUUCAGGGUGGAGGAGGGGGAGAAAGGAGCCCGUAGGGCUGGGUCAGAGGUGGAGUCGUGUGUCUUAAGAUUGUCAAAGGUAGGAGGGACCUAGGGGUCAUCAACUCAACCCACACAUCCCAUUGAGAACAUCCCUAACGAGAGUCACCCAACCUCCACUAAAAGACUCUCUAGUGGGAAGGACAAUUCACUCCCUAUGGAGGCAGGCUAUUCUACCUUUUUUUUUUUAAGUUUAAUCUAUAUUAUUAUAAUUUUCUCCAUCGAGGAACAAGAAAUGAAGCCUUGAUUUUUGAUGUUUGCUAACCUUUGCUAGUACUUUGGGAAAUGCUACUAGAGGUCAUAGAGUCUAACCCUUUCAUUUCACAGAUGAGGAAAUUAACUGACUUGCUCAAGGUCAAGAAAAUCCCAAGAAAGCAUUUGCUCAAGAAAGCAGGUUCAAUACUAGUGAUAGCAGCAUUUAGAUAGCACUUACUAUGUGCCAGGCACUGUGCUCUGCACUUUAUUUAUAUAUGAUUUUUAUAUAUGAUUUUUUUCCCCUGGGAUCCUACUAGAGUCUGGGCACAUGCCCCCAAAGACCCUGGUCCUAAAGUCCAUCAUUUUGCAAUGGAUGAACAAGGGGUCCUGAGCAGAGCUGCCAGGGACCUGAGAGCCCCCAGCCACUGAGAGAGAGUCUUGCUUUUGUUCUUCAUUUUGAUAUUUUCCUCCCUCCUACCAACAGUUCCCGACCUCGGGCCCAUUCAAGGCGCCGAAGGCCCCUCCUAAAUUCUAUGGUACCACGAGAGAGAAGGGAGGGAAACAGGGUCUUAAGUGGGAAUUGGAACAUGAUGUCUGCUCUAGGGCUUUUUAUCACUGCAGUUUGGGAUACAUUUUCCCACUGACUUUUUGUCCUUUCUCUCUUGUUUCGUAGGGAAGGCAGGACAGUACAAUCAUAAAAUGACCUUUGGUUCUGGGGUCUGAGGACCUGGGUUCAAGUCUCAUCUCUGAAACUUACUACCUGGGGAACCUUGGGCAAAUAAUUUAACCUCCCUAGGUCUCAGUUUCAUCAACCAUAAAAUGAGAGAGUUGUAGUAGAUAGCCAUCCCUUCCAGCUCUCGAUCUAUGAUCAAAUGAAUUCUUCCCAGGCAAGUAGGUCUGACUAGUUAUUAAUGACCUGCCUCUCCUCAAAUUGCCUUAUAUUUAAUCUACUUAAAAUUGCAUAUCGAUUGCAAGCUCUUUGAGAAUGUUGAGCCCAUGAAAUAUAUGUAUACACAUAUGUAUAGAUAUAAUACACACACAUACGUGCGUGUAGCUAGAUGGUGCAGUGGAUAGAGUGUGAGGCCUGGAGUCAGGAAAAAUCAUCUUCCUGAGUUCAAAUGUAGCCUCAGACACUUACUAGCUAUCUGACCCUAGGCAAGUCACUGAACCCUGUAUGCCUCAGUUUCCUCAUCUGUAAAAUGAGCUGGAGAAGGAAAUGGCAAACCCCUACUGUGUCUUCGCCAAGAAAACCCCAAAAUGUGUUCACAAAGAGUUGGAUGCAACUGAAACAACUGAGCAACAACAAAUACAUACACAUAUACACACAUACACACAUAUGUAUUUAUAUACAUAUGUAGAUACAAAUAUGUAUAUAAAAUAUUUACAUAUAUACCUAUAUACACACUGUGUGCAUAUAUGUAUAUGUACAUAAAUGUAUAUACGCAUAUAUAUACUUCCCUAUAUACUGUGUGCAUACACACACAUAUAUAUAUACAUACAUACAUACAUACAUAUAUAUAUAUAUAUAUACACACAUAUAAACACAAACAUAAAAUAGCACAGAAAGACCUUAUGAGAAAGAAUGCAGAAAAAAAAUCACACAGAGAGACUGCAGUCUCACUUGGUAGAGUGAGUGCCGAGCAAACAAGAACACAGAUCCAUUGUACUCACAAACUGUCAUGGUUUUAGAGGAAAGCCCCCCACCCCCACCCCUGCCCCACCUCCAAAACAAGAAUGGUCCUGAGCAGAGCUCCCCUACCUCACUAAAGGGAAACAAGCCCAGACUAUAUAAAACCCAUGCUGGUGCUACCAGAGUCAUAUAUUCAUCCAGACCACACACCCUGCCCACUUCUUCAUGAUGGAGAAAACACAAGUGAGGAAGGUUUCCUAAUGACCUGAGGCAUAAAAGGCCCAGUCUGUGAGGAGUUGGUGUUCAAAGUUUUAAUGGGGUUCCUAUUUCCUUUCUAACUUGGCUGCCAGCUGUUGUGGCCAAUGUACAGAUGUGGAGGGUAGCUGUUUUAUCUGAAUUACUACUUUUUUAACCUUGUGAAUUGUAUCCUUUUUAUCUUGUUAUAAAUAAAUACAUAUGUAUAUAAUAAAGUCAUUUUGUUACAUUAAA